UUUUGUUUUUUCUAAAUAUCUUAUGUUAUCAUUUCCCAACUGCGAUCCAUUUUCCCAAAAAUUUGGCUUUGCACAGUCCCUUUACCGAGUUUCUCUCCGUUUCAGUGCUCUGUUUCAGUUUAGUUAAAUUUUAAAAAUCCCUAUUUUACAUUUUUUAGAUCAAGCAAGUGCCUCUGCCAGGAUUUUAUUGGACAGUACACGGCAUAAGAUUCUGUUGCUAUGUUGGUUUUGAAGGGAAAAAUGUAGGAAGAUCACCAUGAUUUUUUCGGGUUUGACAGUUUUCCCCGAAAACAAUAUAUGCGGCUUUUGCUACAUACUUUCCAUAAAGAUAGUAGGAUAGGAACGUGCUUAACUUUCUCAACAUAAAAAUGUCUUCCAAUGUCUCCAAAGAUGUUAAUAUUUUAACCAGUAGGGCAGAAAUGUGCCUAAUCUUUUUCAUAUAUAGUGAGCAAAUGUACCUAAUAUUUCUUAAAAGUUCUCUACGUAGAAAGCAGAAGUGAAGAUGCAAGUUGAAAGUUCUCUGUCUGUGGUUGGUCCAAGGCCAACAGAGUUGUCAACUACGAUGUAUAAUGGCGGCCCACCAGUGCCUGGACCAAAUGGGAAACAACGGAGUUCAAGCUUGGAGUCACCAAUCAUGCUGCUAACGGGGCACCAAAGUGCAGUCUACACAAUGAAAUUCAAUCCAGCAGGGACUGUUGUUGCAUCUGGUUCUCACGAUAGGGAGAUUUUCUUGUGGAAUGUUCAUGGUGAAUGCAAGAACUUCAUGGUCUUGAAAGGGCACAAAAAUGCUGUGUUGGAAGUGCAGUGGACUACUGACGGCGCACAAAUAAUAUCGGCCAGCCCUGAUAAGACAUUAAGGGCAUGGGACGUUGAGACAGGGAAACAAAUAAAAAAGAUGAUGGAACACUCGUCUUUUGUGAAUUCUUGUUGUCCUGCUCGAAGGGGCCCACCUCUUAUUGUUAGUGGGUCGGAUGAUGGGACUGCAAAACUUUGGGAUAUGAGACAAAGGGGUUCCAUACAGAAUUUUCCUGAUAAAUACCAGAUUACGGCAGUCAGUUUCUCUGAUGCAUCUGAUAAGAUUUACACUGGUGGCGUUGACAAUGAUGUGAAAGUGUGGGAUAUACGGAGAAGUGAGGUUAUUAUGAAGCUCCAAGGACAUCAAGAUAUGUUAACUGGAAUGCAAUUGAGUCCAGAUGGUUCUUACCUUCUGACUAAUAGCAUGGACAACACUCUUCGAAUAUGGGACAUGCGCCCCUACGCGCCACAAAAUCGUUGUGUGAAGAUUUUGGAAGGGCACCAGCACAAUUUUGAGAAGAACUUGCUGAAAUGUGGUUGGUCACCUGAUGGAAGCAAGGUUACUGCUGGUAGUAGUGAUCGCAUGGUCUAUAUAUGGGAUACAACUUCUCGUCGCAUAUUGUAUAAGCUUCCUGGCCAUACUGGAUCAGUUAACGAGUGUGUGUUCCAUCCCAGUGAGCCUAUCAUUGGCUCCUGCAGUAGUGAUAAGCAGAUAUAUCUUGGUGAAAUCUAAAUGACUUUCUGUAAUUUCUCCAUUUUUUUUCGUAUGGUUGUAAGGUGAAAACAGUAGCUGACAGUUGAGACCAAUUUGAGGACUAAUGAAGGUAUUGUGGAAAUUGUUACUAGUUUUGUUUAAUAUUUGAUCUUUGGCAUUGAUAGAUGUUACAUUUAGCAGUUACGGCAGGAGAAUUUGUUGUAACAUGUAUUGUUGGUUAAUGUUGUAACACGGAUUAUAAAUUUAGACUAUGGCUCGUUUGACCUGA